UUAGAGCAUUUUAUUCUAUUUAAUUAAUUUCCAGUUUCCCAGGGGUGUCGGUACUACCCUGGAAGAGCCUUGAUGGUGUGUGGUUUUCUCCCAGGGUUGAUUCUUUCCAUACCCCAUGAAAAUCCACCAUUUUGUCUCAGCUUUAUGGUCCUCCUUAAGUUCUCAUACUGGAUGCUUCUGGAUGAGGAGAAGUGGGCAGACUCCAUCACCACCACAUGCUAAGCCAGAGCAAUGAGCUAUUGGUCAACAGUCCUUCUCUCCCAAGCAACACUAGCUGCUGCUCUAGCGUUUGCAGCUUAGGAAGCAAGACCACAGACUUCCUUAUUUCAUAAUCACCUUUCUGGGCCAAGUUCCAGUGCCAGGAUUGUUAAUAUUCACACUGAGUUUAACCUAUCACACUGUAUAUCAGAUAAUGGGACAUUGAUCUUAAUGCCCUUUCAUGAGACAUUUGGACUCCUCUUACAGUUCUGAAGGAAGACUGUACUGAUUUCUAUAACAAGAGUAAAUAACAUGGCAAUCAAAGGGGUUUAAGUAUUUUGGUUCACCUGAGUCGUGGGGGAGCUGAAGUUCAGAUGUAUGCCCCAGAUAUUCCUCAGAUGCAUGUUAUUGACCACAGCAAAGGACAACCAACUGAGGCUGAAUCAAGAAACGUUUUAGUGGAAUCAGCAAGGGUUGCUCGUGGUAAAAUCACAGACCUGGCUAAACUUAGUACAAAGGACCAUGAUGCUGUGAUAUUCCCUGGUGGAUUCGGAGCUGCUAAAAACCUUUCCACCUUUGCUGUGGAUGGGAAGGAUUGCAAAGUGAAUGGAGAGGUUGAACGUGUCCUAAAGGAGUUCCACAAAGCUGGGAAACCCAUUGGCCUGUGCUGCAUUUCACCAGUGUUGGCUGCAAAAGUUCUUCCUGGUGCUGAAGUUACUGUGGGACAUGAAGAAGAGGAAGGUGGGAAAUGGCCUUAUGCUGGAACUGCAGUAGCCAUUAAAGCACUGGGAGGAAAACACUGUGUAAAAGAAGUAACUGAAGCUCAUGUAGACGUGAAUAACAAGAUGGUUACUACCCCAGCAUUUAUGUGUGAAACGGAAUUGCAUCACAUCUUUGAUGGUAUUGGGGCCAUGGUAAAGGGUGUGCUGAAAUUAACAGGCAAAUGAAGUGGAUACUGUAAUAAUAAUAAUAGUAAGCUUUAGGAAAUUAAAUGUACAAUACCAGAAAUAUCAUGCAUCAAUAGAAACAUAUUUCCCCUGCUUGCCCCAUUAGCACUUUUAUAAACCACAGACAUAAAGUUGAGUCUGAUUCCCAGCUCUGUUCAGAGAUUGCAAAAACAUUUGGUACAUAAAUGCAUUGAUUUCCAAGCACAUCCUAACAAAAGGGUCUGUUGACUGGCUCUUUGAGUAAAGGUCAUGCAUCCUGUAACCUAAAUAAUUUUUUGGACUUGGACAAUUGGUGCGGGUUGUGUGAGAAUGUUCUGAGACCAGCCAGCAUACUAUUCCAGCAAAAAUACCCUCCAUCCCUUUGAAAAACACUAGGGAUGCACAUGAAAACCAAAUGACAUGAAUACUGUGGAGUCAGAAUAUUUGGAGCAAUGGACUGAGCAUAGGGCUGGAUUGCUUUGUAGAUUUCACAGUUCUGUUUCAGAGGCUGCAUAGUGUGGUUGAAAUGCACCAGUUCAAUUGCUAUUGCGAGGAGUAGAUACAGCUGCUAUGGGAUUGACUGCCAUUCAGAUGUGGGGAGUGAAGUUACUGCUGACUGCUGUUCUUUGAGAGGAAAGCUAUGUUAAAAUGCAUUCCUGGCUAGUCUAGCUGCCUUGCAUUGAAACAGCUAUUGUAUUUAGUUUUCUGGGUGUGUCAGUCUGAACUUUGGCAUUGAGAAAUUGCUGGGAUCUGGGAACAGAGAAAUUUAAGAGGACUGAACAAUAGAGACACACUUAUCUGUGUGUUUCAAGCAAGGCUGCAAUAGUUUGCUGCGUAUACAGUCAUUUCCUAUGUCCGUGAGGUAAAAGUCAGGAUCAGCUCUGAUGUAGCCAGUGGAAACAGUCAUUUCUAUGCCCCGUGGUUAACUUACCAUUAAUUAAAAACACUGUGUUGCAUAGCCCUCCUUUCCAUAUUCCUUUCAUGGCUUUUUUUCUGUUUUAAAAGUUGGGCUUUUUCCAAAUAUGAAUAAAUCUGUGUGUCAACAGCAGGACGCACCUUAUUGUUAAUGCCCUAGCAUUUUGAAGAAUCUCUCCUUAUUUAACUGCACAAUAGGCCUUUCAUAGCUAAAAGAGGGCUUGAAACAAGGGGAAAGUAUCAGCUACAGUGCCUUGUACGUUUUAAAGAUCUCUUCCACAUGAACGUAGUUACUUGCCUAGCAAUGGGCAACAGGCUGACUCCAGUGCGGUUACCACCUUCCCCUUUCCAGACUAACAGAGCAACUUCCAUCGAAAUACAAUCAAAUGGAAGAAGAAUGAGGUAUAAAUUAAUUAAAUGUUGUCUAGUUAUUUUCUUUUACCUUUUUCCCGCAUCUCUUUUAAUCAUAGAAUAUUUGCAUUUGAAGGAGCCUUUCCUGAUUCAUAGAGUCCAACAACCUUCAGCAUUUCCAUCUCUUUCCUAAAUGUUGUCUGUUCACUUCUUAUUUUUCUUUUUCUUCCUGCCUCAUUAACUUUUCCCUUUAUAGGCCAGCAUAGCGUUCUAUUCUCUUUCAGCUCCAAGUUGUCUGUCUUUCACUCUAUUCACAGAAAAAUGAUGCUGACAUAACAGAACUUUGUGCCCCAUGGGCACCUGCUUUUCACAGACAAGAACCCUGUUCCAAAUACAUUUGCCCUGUGUUUUUUAAUCAACAGGAAUUUUAAGACCUGUACAUGAAGUUGUUUUUCAAGAGUACCAAUUCUUUUGUCCUAUUAUGACAAUGAUCCUAAAAGGUUACAACAUGGAUUUUGAGGAUAUUUUUGCCAGCACAUACUCUGCUAAUUUGUUUACUCUGAGAUGUAAUGAUAUGAAUAUACAUUGUUCUGCUUAUUGGUGCUAUUCUUAUUUAGACUUUAGGCCUGCUGUCCCUGUUAAGAAAACUAAGCUAGUUUUGAUGUGGCUACAGAAAUUUUCUGUGUGUGGUUUUAAUACUACAGUAAAACACUGUACAUAAAGUUAACAAAAAUGUCAUGUAUGAGGUAUGCUCCAGGGAAUAUAUGUAUCGUAGUGGGUGUUUCAGUUAAAGGUGGUUCUUGUAAAUUUAAACUAAUGAGCUUCAUUUAGAUUCUGAUGCGGUCUGAUUUAAGGUUUAUUGUGUGAUAUUGCAUUGAGGUAUCAUAAAUACUAUCUGUACCCUUGACUGGAGAGCAGUGGGGAUUUAAGAAGAUGCUUUUCCUUUGUAAAAAAGACGGUUCAGUUUGAAAAACUAUGUUCUUAACCUUGUUUAAUCAAUGCAGAUGUGAAAAGAAAAGUACUUUUAUGGAAGAGAGAUUUUAUCUAUUAGAGCAUUUUUUUAAAAAUACAAAACAUUUUUGUCAAGUACAUCUCUGGCGUGAGCUGAGGUUUUGAAAUUGCACCACAAGCAUAUGCACUAUUCACACUGAUCACCUUAAUAGUUAAAAUUGUGAGCUUCAAUAGUAUCCUCUCUUAUGGAGAUUCUCAGGAAGCUAAAAACAAGAGCUACAUACAGAUUAUAUUAUUAAGUGUGCUUGGGUGGAGGUUAGGAAACUUCAUGUUGCUCAUGAUUUGUUACAAUGCUGGGUUUGUGCGUGUAGAAAAUGUAGGAAAUCGUCAGUUAUCAAAGGAGCAAGAAUAGAAGUGGAAGACAUUGUGUUCAUGUAGCUGACUACAAAUAAAGGCUGCUUCCAGAUGUU